CAGCAAUUUGCGUUCCUGUAUCCGCGGUUUGCUUUCCGACUUACAUUUCGACAGAGUGGGCGCCGCCGCAAAGGACCUCGCCGUCCGUGAAGAACAGAAAUGCCUCCCCCAACGGCUGGUGACCCGUGGCUAGUUGGCCGUCACUUUGGAGCAGUCAUUGAUGCAGGUUCAUCUGGCUCUCGACUACAGAUAUAUAGCUGGAAGGAUCCCAAGGCCAUCAGGCUGGACAGGACCAGUGAAUUCUACAACUUGCAUACGUUGCCUCAAGUUGAGAAAGGAACAAGGCAGGGUGAGGAAUGGGUCAGCAAGGUCGAGCCAGGCAUAUCGUCGUUUGCAGAUAACCUGGAAGACCUCCCAGGCCACUUGCGCCCGUUAUUGAACCAUGCUCGUGAACAAAUUCCUCCUUCUCUGCACGCUGAGACGUCCUUAUUUCUACUCGCAACCGCUGGAAUGCGGCUAUUAUCGCCGGAGAAACAGGCUCAAAUUCUGUCGGAGACGUGCCAUUUUUUUGUGCACCACUCUCACUUUCGGUUAGACGGCCCGACAGCUGCAGGCCCUUGUGGUUCAAGUGUGCGAAUUAUCACUGGCGAAGAAGAAGGUCUAUUCGGGUGGAUCGCAGUCAACUACUUAAUGGAUGGGUUUACGGGGUCCAGCAACCCUACAACCUAUGGGUUUUUGGAUAUGGGCGGAGCUUCGACGCAAAUUGCAUUUGAACCUAGCAAGGUUCACCAGGAAGACGCCAAAAGCCUCAUUGAAGUCCGUCUCCGCCGUUUGGACGGCGAGGAGAUUCUUCAUAAAGUGUUCGUGACCACUUGGCUAGGUUAUGGUACGAACCAGGCCAGAGAACGAUAUGUAGGCCUAGCGAUCAAUGAGUUCGAGGCACAACAGAUAUCACCACUUGGUAGAGACGUUGUUCCCGACCCUUGCUUGCCGAAGGACCUGGAACUCACAGAGACUCCGGUACAUCUUGGACUUGCGUCGGACCACAACAGGAAAACCCAUCGUCUGGUUGGCACGGGCUCUUUUGAGCAGUGCAUGCGAAAGACGGCCUCGCUUUUGAAUAAACAUGCGCCUUGUCCCGAUACGCCGUGUCUAAUGAAUGGCGUUUAUGUUCCCCCAAUUGACUUCUCCGUCUCCCAUUUCAUUGGAGUAUCAGAGUACUGGUAUUCUUCUGAACAUGUCUUCGGGCUCGGCGGUCCCUAUGACUUUGUGCAAUACGAGCGCGCAGCAUCUCAGUUUUGCUCGAGAGACUGGGCCAACAUUGUCCAGGAACAUGAGGAAUCUCGUCAGCACAGUCGACCUACGGGCGACGGUGAAGUAGAAGAUGGCGGUCGGAUUGUUGAAGUUGGAAAGUGGGGGGAGAAGGUGGAGAUACCGCGGUUGCGAAUGCAAUGCUUCAAGGCUGCUUGGAUUGCUAACGUGCUUCAUGAUGGGAUUGGAAUGCCGCGGAUAGUGGAUCCAGGUGGGAAUGGGACGACUGAUGGAGAAAGGGUUGCGGAGCAGGCCGAGAGUAAAGGACUAGGAAGACCGACUUUUCAGUCUGUUGACACCGUUGGGGACAUUGCUAUCAGCUGGACACUUGGGAAGAUGGUAUUAGAGGCUAGCAAGGAAGUUCCACUCCUGUCAAAGGCCGACAAGCCUCUUAGUGACCCCUUGGAUGAUAUACCAAACCCAGAAACCUUUCCUAUAAAGCCUAUACGACCACCGUUCCUCGAUCUUAUUGAAGACAAGAUCUCACCACAUCUACCGACUUCAUUGACACGAUCAUCUCUUGGAUUCUCACCCGUACUCUUGCUGCUUUAUCCCCUGCUGUUCUUUGUGCUUUUGUUUGUUAUCCGGCGAAGGAUUCGUUCGUCUUGCCUGCGCUUCCGGAGGAGCAAAGCGAAACAACGUGAUGCGGAAGCAUAUAGCAUGGGAGAGGAAGGAAAGCUACUUUCUCCCGGCUCACGGUCCCCUUCACCGACACUCAAGAGCCAGAAGUGGUUAUGGCCGCUGCGAGGCUUACUUCCUUUCGUCCAUCGACCCGUUAAUCCUUCAUUCGUCUCUAUACCUUCGUCCAACUCGAUCUUGCGGGUCACACCACCCCGCAUUUCGCCCACUCGUUCGUUUUCGAUGCCGAAUGGACUGACGUCCGCUGCAAGCAUCUCUCGUUCUCCAUCACCCUCUCCAGGCCUCGUCGACGACAAUUACCUAUCGAAUGGCCUAUAUUCGAGGUCGUUAAAUACUUCUCAAUUGACCCUAUCUGGCGGCGGUAUUGUUCCACGACCGGGAGCCAUAUCGAGGAUCAAUAGCAUGCAUUAUAUCACUGACAUGCACCUUGACGAGUAGGGCCGAGUGCGGGGGGGGCCUUCUAUCUGUAUAUGCUGUCAUUUCCCUUGCAUAUUUCUACCUCAUGCCCACACUACCGCUAUCCCGACGUACAGGUAUCUAUCUAGGGUGCACGCAAAGGGAGGGCUCUCCGCGGGGAGGACGAAUGCAGGCACUCAGGAAACGUGACUAUUUGACUGCUUUUAUUCCUGAUAUGACAGCACUAUGUAUGAGUAUGUAUCAUGGCUUCGGACGAGUACUCAGACGUUAACGUUGGGACAUCUAUUCAUUGCAUGAUCUAUUACUUAUUUCACACAAUUUUUUGAUUUGGAGGUUCUUAUUGGUACAGAUAAAGACAUAGUACGUUGUGGUACACGACAAAGUGACGGUCAUAAAUAAACUACUGGCUACGGUACGCCAAGU